AUGGGUGGUCCACCAUAUAUGAAUAACCCUAUGAUGAGGCCAAACCCAUCAGUUAUGGCCUCUCCAGAUGCUAUGAAUCUGUCAUCUGUUGAUGUUUACCGACAGAAACAUGAUGUUACAGCAACGGGUCAUCAACCAAGUGCUAUCAAUGUGCAAAUAUAUAGGCUUAUAAAGGAGUGGGCAACAUGGGACAUUGCAAGACGAGUUGUAUUUGCAUUUUUUGGUAUCUUUGUUGGAACUAAAGAAAAUCCUGAAUUUUUGCAAGAUGUUCCAUCCAAAUUAGAUAAAAACUCAAAGAUUAUAGUAGCUUGCUCAUAUAAAGGUACAAUGAAAUCUAGCAGCGAAUAUUAUCCAAUGUUAUGGUAUUAUUCAAGUAAUGUAGUCAACUGGAUCAUCCUUACAAAUACACUAUCAAGAUUGGAGGGACAAAUUGGCUUUAUUCAGUUGUGUAUCUUCUCUAUAGAUUUGGAAAAUUUUGCGGAAAAUAUUGAAGGGGUGAAAAGUGAUUAAUUAAAUAAAAUAUGGAAAACUUGACACGAAGACAUGAAAACGCUUUGAAAUUUUGUAGUAUUUUUUGUUUUUUUUUUUAUAUUUUAUUUUGUAUCGGACAAAGUACAUGUA